AUGAAGCGGCUGAGAACUGGGCGCGAGGGCGAGGUGGAGAGCAUCAACCUGGCCAACGUCCUCGUUCUGCUCUCCCGCAGCAGCGACGGCGGCGGGGGUGCCGCCGCCUUCGAGGCGGCGAACCACGGCCAGAGCCGUGUCUUCGAGUGCAAGACCUGCAAUCGCCGGUUCCCCUCCUUCCAGGCGCUGGGCGGCCAUCGGGCCAGCCACAAGAAGCCGCGCUUGAGAGGGGAGCAGCACGGCCAGGCAGCGUCGCCAGUGCCGGUGGCGGUGCCGGGAAAGCCGAGAGUGCACGAGUGCUCCAUCUGCGGCCUGGAGUUCUCCAUCGGUCAGGCGCUGGGCGGCCACAUGAGACGGCACCGCGCGGCCUCCGACGGCCUCCGGGCGGCGCCACCGCCCGGCGAGACGGCGAGCCACCGUGGUGGCGAGAAGCGGACGGAGCUGGGCUUGGCCUUGGAGCUCGACCUGAACCUGCCGCCGUCGAAUAGCGAGGCGGACUUCCGUUCUCUCAAUCUCGGGCUUGGGAUUCCCAUGGUUGACUGCUUCCAUUGA